AUGGACUGUGAGAAUGGCACAGACAUUGAUGAGUUUAUCCUGCUGGGUUUCCCCUCCCAACCUGUAGAGCAACUUUUCUUCUUCCUCUUCUUUCUGCUAAUGUAUAUAGCAGGAAUUCUGGGAAAUCUUAUGAUUCUCAUUCUCAUUAACCUGGAUGCCCGGCUCCAGACCCCCAUGUACUUCCUGCUGCACAGCCUCUCUGUGGUUGAUGUGGGCUUCAUCUCGGUCACAGUUCCGCAACUACUGGCUCAGCUCAGUUCCUCCUCCAAGACUAUCCCUUUCUAUGCCUGCAUGGCCCAGUUCUUCUUCUUGUAUGUGUUUGGUGUCACUGAUCUCCUCCUGGUGAGUGUAAUGGCUCUGGAUCGCUAUGUAGCCAUUUGUAAUCCUCUCCACUAUGCCACAGUGAUGAACCAGAAGGUCUGUGGGCAAUUGGUGGCUGGCUGCUGGAUCCUUUCUACCCUCCACUCCAUGCUCCAUGUAGGGCUCCUCCUUCGUCUCAGUUACCAUGGGGAGAAUAACCUGGACCACUUCUUCUGUGACCAUCGGCCUUUGCUACAGCUAUCCUGCUCAGACACCAGCUUCAAUGAAUCAGUCAUUUACUUUGAAGGUGGGCUCAUCAUCCUUGGACCUUUUGUCUUCAUCAUUGUCACUUACAUUCGCAUUGUGUCAACUGUGAUGAAAUUUUCUUCCUUAGCAAGGCGCAAAGCCUUCUCCACCUGUGGCUCCCAUCUCACUAUGGUGGUGUUUUUCUAUGGGGCCAUCAUUGGGGUUUACUUCCAACCUGCCUCUAGCUACUCAGCCCAGAGAGGACCAGUCUUUGCUAUCAUGUACACAGUCAUUACCCCAAUGUCCAACCCUUACAUCUACAGUUUUAGAAAUAAAGAAGUGAAAGGGGCUUUUAGGCAUUUCUUGGGAAAGAGAAUCCUUUCUCAGCAGCUAUGA